CGACGGGAAGUGAGUGAAACGGUGUCCUGCUAAACACGCACCGCGAAGGGUCACAUUGGAAACACAUCAAUGUUUUGUAAUAAUAAACAAUCUAGUAACUAAUAACAGGCACUACAGUGAUAAAUGGAUCCGUCUAAAGCAGAGGAGCCGCAGCUGCGACACGUGGAGAAAGAUGUGCUGAUUCCCAAAAUGAUGCGAGAGAAAGCCAAAGAGAGAUGCGCUCAACACGUGGACGCGUUCAAUCACUGCUGUAAGGACGCCGGCUUCUUCAUGGUGUUCAAGUGUCGAGAGGAGAACGCCGCUCUGAAAGAGUGUCUGACGCAACAUUAUAAGGAUCCUGCGUUCUUCGAGGAGUGCAAACAGGAGUAUCUGAGAGAGAAACGUGAAUACGAACAGACGGGGAUUCCAGCCAAAAACAGGAAGCAGAAACUUCCCACCAGCAUGUAGAUAGACAUGAUGAUGAACACUGCAGUGAGGAUGAUGAGGAUGAUGAGGAUGAUGGACCAUGAAAGUCAUUUCUGGCCGUUUUUGGAGACGACGGACAUUCUCUCGAUCUGUUGCUUCAGUGUGGUUUAUAUUCAUGAUUAGCUCUUAUAAAUCAUCACAGCCACCUAAAGCCUAAUAAAAAUUCAUAGAGAAUGUUUUUGAAUCACAUCAGAUGUGUAUCGUCCCACCGACCCCGGGGAAUUACAGCUGCAGAACCUCAAAUCAGACGCCUGCUUUUUGUUUGUUUGUUCUAAAAUACAACCACAGAGAUAUUCAUGAUGCUCAUGUUUGGAUGGAUUUUCAAUCAGUUUGUGCUUCAAAUUCAAGAAAUGAAGUUGUUCAGUCAGAACUUAUACAAUUAAGUGUCUGUAAUUGUUUCAUUGUAGCAACAUUUUUUUAUGCAAAAUAUAAUUAAAUGGUGAUAUUGUUUGGUGUUAUAGAUUUGUAAAGACGUUUCAGUUUUUGCUUACCAACACUGCAUUUAUUUGAUCAAAGAUACAGUCAAAAUUGAGAUAUAUUAUUCCAAUUCAGAAAAACUGUUUUCUA